AUGGGCGACAACCACGCGCGCGAUGUGUCGCAGUACAAGUACUCGGCAAUGUCCAACCUGGUUCUCCAGGCGGACCGUCGGUUCAUCACGAGACGAACCGAUGAGGCCACAGGCGACCCCGAGUCGCUUGCCGGGCGCUUGAGCAUCCAAGACAUGGGCGGCCGCGUUGCGCGCGAGUCGGUGCCCAAGCAGAAGAAGGUCACCGGCCCAUCCGUGGAGAGAGGCAGCCUGCAGGAGGGAUCAGACAUUCUGGCGCGCGAGCAACGGAGGAAGGGCGCGCCCUCGCAGAUGAGAGCUACCGGUAUUCUGGGCCAGGCCGACCUGCUCAUCGAGGACCUGAGAUACAAGCCGCGCACGCCCGCGACCCGCCAGACUUUUGAGUUCAUCUUGACCAUCGUGGCGAACCACCUUGGCGACGUGUCCCACGAGAUCGUUGUCAGCGCGGCGGAUGCUGUGCUGGAGUACUUGAAGGACGAUGAUAUGAAAGACUUUGACAAGAAGAAGGAAGUCGACGACCUUCUGGGUGUAACACUGAACCCCAAGGACUUCAACGAGCUUGUCAACCUGGGCAAGAAGAUCACAGAUUAUGAUGCUCAAGACGACGAGGAAAUGGCUGACGCAGGCGGCGUUGGAGAGGACGAAGCAGAACUCGACGAGCGUCAGGGUGUUGCUGUAGUCUUUGACGACGAAGAUGAAGACGAAGAUGCUGUGCAACACGAAAUCCGCGAUGAAUCUUCGGACGACGAGGCUGGGAUGGAAAAUGACGAAGAGGACGUCCCAGGUCUCGAGGAGCGAGCACGAGCUGGCGAGGCAGGCCAGGACAGAGACGAGGAGUCUGCGGGCCUUGCAGAUGGCGAAGAAAUGAUUAUCGACUCGGCCCCGACUGGUGCCAAAGAUGCUAGCAAGCCCAAAGGGCAAAAUUACAUCCCGGCACGCGAUAUUGAUCGGUAUUGGCUGCAGCGAGAGGUCGGAAAGUUAUACCCUGAUGAGCACAUGCAACACGACAAGACCAGGCUAGCGCUCCAUAUCCUUUCGGGCGAGGCCGAUGAGGAAGGAGGCGAGGAAAGGCAACUCCGGGAGAUCGAAAACGACCUGAUGGAGCUGUUUGACUACGAGCAUCACGAAGUUGUGCAAAAACUCAUUCAAAAUCGCGAAAAGGUUGUAUGGCUUACGAGGUUAGCACAAGCCGAAAACAACGAGGAACGUGGCGUGGUUGAACGUGAGAUGGCCUCCGAGGGUGUCAGGUGGAUACUGGACGAACUCAGGGGCAAGAAGCCGGCCGAUGGACCCAAGAAGAUGGAAAUCAAAAUGGACAUCGAUGUUCCGGCGUCGUUCGCCGAUGGUGCCGCGCCCAAGCCUGAGCGUGCAGAGGGUGAGCUUGUGGGGGGUCUUCAGCCUCGCAAAACCAUCAACCUGGAGAACCUCAUCUUCGACCAAGGUAACCACCUAAUGACCAACCCGAAAGUCAGGUUACCCGAAGGCUCAACGAAGCGGACGUUCAAGGGUUAUGAAGAGAUUCACGUCCCUGCGCCGAAGAAGCGCAAUGAUCCUUCCGACCUGAAUAUUCCCAUAACCGACAUGCCCGAAUGGUCGAGGGUGCCUUUCAGCCAGUCCGGUGCCAAGUCGCUCAACAAGAUCCAGUCCAAGUGCUACCCGUCUGCCUUCCAGGAUGACGGCAACAUGCUCAUUUGCGCUCCCACCGGGUCUGGAAAGACAAACGUUGCCAUGCUCACGAUCUUGCGAGAGAUCGGCAAACACCGCAACCCCGACACAGGCGAAAUUGAUUUGGAUUCAUUCAAGAUUGUGUACAUUGCUCCCCUGAAAGCGCUUGUCCAGGAACAAGUUGGCAACUUCGGCAAGCGACUCGCGGAGUACGGCAUCACUGUCGCCGAAUUGACUGGUGAUCGCCAGCUGACGAAACAGCAAAUUUCAGAGACGCAGAUUAUCGUCACAACGCCAGAGAAGUGGGACGUAAUCACUCGAAAGGCUACCGACCUGACCUACACCAACCUUGUCAGACUCAUUAUCAUUGACGAAAUCCACUUAUUGCAUGAUGACCGUGGUCCGGUACUGGAAAGCAUCGUCAGCAGAACAAUUCGGAAGACCGAGCAGACAGGAGAUCCCGUCAGGCUUGUUGGAUUGUCAGCCACACUUCCCAACUAUAAGGAUGUGGCCAGUUUCCUUCGCGUUGACGCGAACAAGGAUCUAUACCAUUUUGAUGGGUCUUUCCGCCCCUGUCCGCUGAAGCAAGAGUUCAUCGGAGUCACCGAUAGGAAAGCCAUCAAGCAGCUGAAAACCAUGAAUGACAUCACGUACAACAAGGUCAUCGAGCAUGUGGGCCAGAACAACAACCAGAUGCUCAUUUUCGUGCACUCCCGGAAAGAAACUGCCAAGACAGCUCGAUACAUCCGAGACAAGGCUCUGGAGAUGGAGACUAUCAACCAGAUCAUCAGGCAUGAUUCAGGGGCGACUGAAGUCUUAAAGGAUUCUGCGGAGUCUGCCACGGACCAGGACCUCAAAGAUCUUUUGCCCUAUGGUUUCGGUAUACAUCACGCCGGAAUGAGUCGACCUGAUCGAUCGGAUGUCGAGGAUCUCUUUGAGAAGGGUUUGAUUCAGGUUCUUGUCUGUACGGCCACGCUGGCCUGGGGUGUCAACUUGCCUGCUCAUACGGUCAUUAUCAAGGGCACGUCGGUUUACUCGCCUGAGAAGGGUAGCUGGGUCGAGUUGAGCCCUCAGGAUGUCCUUCAAAUGCUUGGACGUGCUGGUCGGCCCCAAUACGACACAUAUGGUGAGGGCAUCAUCAUCACCACGCAAAACGAGAUGCAAUACUAUCUCUCUUUGCUGAAUCAGCAGUUACCUAUCGAGAGUCAGUUUGCCAGCAAGCUCGUGGAUAACUUGAAUGCGGAGAUUGUUCUGGGUAAUGUACGGACUCGUGACGAAGGAGUAGAAUGGCUGGGAUACACCUACCUCUUCGUCCGAAUGCUUCGGUCGCCUGGUCUCUACAGCGUUGGCGCUGAAUAUGAGGAUGAUGACGCCCUGGAACAGAAGCGUGUGGAUCUCAUCCACUCGGCUGCCGCGGUCCUGAAGAAGUCCAAUCUCAUUACCUACGAUGAGAAGACCGGAAAACUUAAGGCUACAGAGCUUGGCCGGAUCGCCUCGCAUUAUUACAUCACGCAUGGGUCCAUGGAUACAUACAACAAGCUCAUCCAGCCAUCGAUCACCACUAUCGAGCUGUUCAGAGUCUUCUCACAGAGUGCUGAGUUCAAAUACAUACCCGUCAGGCAAGAUGAGAAGGUGGAACUCGCGAAGCUCCUCCAGCGAGUACCUAUUCCUGUUAAGGAAAGCGUAGAGGAACCCAUGGCCAAAAUCAACGUGCUACUCCAGGCUUAUAUCUCGAGGCUCAAGCUUGAUGGGUUGGCUCUCAUGGCCGAUAUGGUCUACGUUACCCAAUCCGCUGGUCGUAUUCUACGCGCCAUCUUCGAAAUCACGCUUCAGAAGGGCUGGUCCAACGUCUGCAAGACGGCGUUGGAUCUGUGCAAAAUGGCUGAGAAACGCAUGUGGCCUACAAUGUCGCCACUGCGGCAGUUCCCUCUGAAGCCCAAUGAGCGACACAUUGUCGCGAAGGCUGAAAGAAUCGACGUUCCGUGGAGCAGCUACUUCGAUCUGGAUCCACCACGAAUGGGACAACUGCUUGGACUUCCUCGAGAUGGCAAGAAGGUCUGUGAACUUAUCUCUAAAUUCCCGAGAGUUGAGAUUCAGGCCCAGGCGCAACCUAUGACUCGCUCCCUGCUCCGCGUCGAAUUGAGCAUCACUCCUACCUUUGAGUGGGAUGACACACUUCAUGGAACGGGCGAAAGCUUCUGGAUUAUGGUCGAGGAUUGUGACGGCGAAGAAGUUCUCUUCUACGACACUUUCCUACUUCGCAAGGAUUAUGCCAUUUCCGAGAACAACGAGCAUCUGGUCGACUUUACUGUGCCCAUCACUGAUCCCAUGCCCCCGAAUUACUUCAUCUCGGUUAUCUCAGAUAGAUGGAUGCACUCGGAAACCAAGCUGCCGGUCUCCUUCCAGAAGCUCAUUCUGCCCGAGAAGUUCCCGCCCCAUACCCAGCUCCUCGACCUUCAGCCUUUGCCUGUGGCAGCCUUGAAGGCCAAGGAUUAUGCCCAGGUCUAUGAGGAUUGGGACUACUUCAACAAAAUCCAGACCCAGACGUUCAACUCCCUCUACACCACAGACGACAAUGUGUUCAUUGGCGCACCGACCGGCAGCGGCAAGACGGUAUGCGCCGAGUUUGCCAUCCUCCGCCUCUGGGCUAAACCUGAAUAUGGCCGUGCAGUCUAUAUUGCACCUGUACAGGAACAAGUUGAUGUUAGACUACAAGACUGGCAAAAGCGACUAGGUCAUCUGCGCGGCGGCAAAGACAUUGUCAAGUUAACGGGCGAGACAGCAGCCGAUCUGAAGCUUCUUGAACAGGGCGACCUCAUUUUAGCCACUCCUACACAAUGGGAUGUCCUUUCUAGGCAAUGGCAGAGGAGAAAGAACAUUCUCACGGUUGAGCUCUUCAUUGCAGACGAGCUUCACCUCUUGGGUGGGCAGACGGGAUACAUCUACGAAAUCAUUGUAUCUCGUAUGCAUUACAUCCGUACUCAAGCCGAAUUGGCAAUGCGAAUCGUCGGUUUGAGUGUCUCGCUAGCCAAUGCUCGAGACAUUGGAGAGUGGAUUGAUGCCAAGAAGAAGGACAUUUACAACUUCAGCCCUCAUGCUCGACCCGUACCACUGGAGUUGCGCAUCCAGUCUUUCCAGAUUCCCCACUUCCCCUCGCUCAUGCUUGCCAUGGCAAAGCCAACGUACCUUGCUAUCACGGAGCUGUCAGCGCAUCAACCUGCAAUGGUUUUCGUGCCUAGCCGAAAGCAAACCAGAUCCACCGCGCGCGAUAUCCUUGCCACGUGUUUGGCGGACGAUGACGAAGAUCGGUUCUUGCAUGUCGAUGCAGAUCAGCUCCGCCCGCUCCUGGAGCGCGUUCACGAGGAGGCUCUUGCUGAGGCGCUGUCCCACGGUGUUGGGUACUACCAUGAGGCAUUAAGCCAGAGUGACAAGAGAAUCGUUAAGCAUCUCUACAACCAGGGCGCUAUUCAGGUCCUCAUCGCCUCGCGCGAUGUCUGUUGGGAGCUCGACUGCACAGCCCAUCUGGUGGUCGUUAUGGGCACGCAGUAUUUUGAAGGGCGGGAGCACAGAUACAUCGACUAUCCCCUCAGUGAAGUGUUGCAAAUGUUCGGCAAGGCCCUUCGUCCGUCCCGGGAUGGAAGGGCUCGCGGUAUGCUCAUGGUGCCGGGAACCCGACGCGAGUACUUCAAAAAGUUCUUGAACGAGGCCUUACCCGUCGAGUCGCAUCUUCACAACUUUGUGAAUGACGCCUUCGUCACCGAAGUGAGCACAAAGAUGAUCGAGUCUGCUGAGGAUGCCAUUAAUUGGACUACUUUCACCUACUUCUACCGUCGCCUUCUGGCCAACCCAAGCUAUUACAGCUUGACAAGCGCGACGAAUGACGGUCUCAAUGCUUACCUGUCAGAUCUCGUUGAGACAACCCUCAAGGAGUUGACCGAAUCGAAGAUCAUCGACUUUGACGAGGACGAUGGUUCGGUCUCGCCCCAAAACGCCGCCAUGAUUGCUGCGUACUACAACAUUUCGUACAUCACGAUGCAGACGUUCCUGCUCUCGCUCAGCGCCAAGACCAAGCUGAAGGGUAUCCUCGAGAUCGUGACAUCUGCCACCGAGUUUGAGUCCAUUCAGAUCAGACGCCAUGAAGAAAACCUGCUCCGACGCAUCUAUGAUCGCGUGCCCGUCAAGAUGUCCGAGCCGGUCUACGACUCACCGCAUUUCAAGGCAUUCGUCCUAUUGCAGGCGCACUUCUCACGGAUGCAACUGCCAAUCGAUCUUGCUAAAGAUCAAGAGGUGAUAAUCUCCAAGGUCUUGAGUCUACUGAGCGCUACUGUCGAUGUUCUCUCGUCUGAUGGGUACCUCAAUGCCAUGAACGCCAUGGAGAUGUCGCAGAUGGUCGUCCAAGCCAUGUGGGACCGAGAUAGUCCGUUGAAGCAAAUUCCUCAUUUCACGCCAGAGGUCGUCAAGGUGGCGAACGAGUUCGGAAUCAAGGACAUCUACGACUUCAUGGAAUCCAUGAACCCUGAGGAGAACCCUGACUACGGCACGCUCAUCAAGCGCCUUGGCCUGUCGCAGAAGCAGCUGGCCGAGGCCGCGAACUUCACCAAUAACAAGUACCCCGACAUGACCCUUAACUUCGAGCUCGUCGACGAGGACGAUAUCCGGGCGGGCGAGCCUGCCUACAUCAAUGUACAAAUUGAGCGUGAAGUGGAGGAGGAUGAGGAAGUUGACACGACGGUCCACGCGCCAUUCUAUCCCACCAAGAAGAUGGAGAACUGGUGGCUGGUGGUGGGAGAAGAGAGCACGAAGACACUGCUUGCGAUCAAGCGCGUGACGAUCGGCCGCCAACUCAAGGUGAAGCUGGAGUACACGGUACCGACGCCUGGAAAGCACGAUCUGAAGCUCUUCUUGAUGAGCGAUAGUUACUCUGGCGUCGACCAGGAGCCCACGUUUUCAGUCACGGUCGGAGAAGGCAUGGAAGUCGAUGACGAGGAAGAGGAGGACGACGAGUAG